CUAUUUUUUCGCGUGUUUUUGUUUGUUUAUUUAAGCAUAAACAAUAAAAUAGUUUUCUCUGGAAUUGCAAUAUGGACUUGAUCUUUACCAUAGUAAUUUAAAUUGAUUAUGAAUUAACUCUUUCUAGGUUACUUUCCAUUGUUUUGUUUCUGUUUUCUCUUUUUUCAAUCAAAUAUUUGAUUUGAAUCAUCGAUUUCAUUUAAAGUGCUCUAAACUAUGUCAGCAUUCAGGAAAUUUGACCUCAAACAAGAGCCAAUUGCUUUAGAAUUUAUCCCAACUGGAAUCAGAGGUCUUGAUCAAUUAUUUGGUGGAGGUUUGCCUCAUAAUCAUCUGAUUUUAAUCGAAGAAGAUGAAUUCAAUGUAUACUCCAAUUUGUUACUACGUGCCGUAUCUUCCAAUGUUAUUCACGAUAAAGUGAAUUUAACAUACUUUUCAGAUAAAAUUUCAUCUGAUCCAUCAGUCUUAAUCAAAAAAUUACCGUCUAGGACCAAAUUAGACUCUAAAUCUAUUGACAGCCCUAAAGAUAUGCAAAUUGCUUUUCGUUAUAAUUAUAUGCCUUCCUUGGACAACGAAACUGGUUUUAUUAUGGAUUUUGGGCGACUUUUGGAGGAAAAAAAUUUCAAAAGUCAAGUAAAUAUUGACAGUAUAGCAAUCCAUCCAAUCAAAGAUGUUCUCAGUGUAAUGGAAAAGUACACAAAAAGCCAAGUCUCUUCGCACAACUUAAAUAAUGCUUCACCCUCGAAAUCUCGACACUUAAUCAUACUUGACCACAUAUCUGCCUGUACUAGUAGUUUAUCAUCUGAUAAUAUUUGUGGAUUUAUACACCAACUGAAGAGCUUUGCAAGACAGUUAAAUAAAUUCACUAUUUUAGUAUCGAUUCAAUCAGGAUGGUUAUCAAAUGUUAUAAUCAAAAGAUUGAGAAAUAUCAGUGAUACAUCGAUUCAGUUGGAGGCAUUUGAUCCUCUACAACCCUCGGCUUAUAGUGAUGAUUACAAAGGUGCUCUCCAUGUUCAUAAAGUAACUAGAGUCUCAUCCUCAAAAGAUAGUCUUGUGGCUGAUCUUGGCUUUCAAUUGAAGAAAAAUAAUCGCUAUUUCAUUAUUGAAAAAUUGUUUCUUCCUCCAGACAUUGGCGAUACACCAUCUCGAGUACCCACAAAAUCCAACACAACUGAUGAUAUUUUCUAAUUUAUUUUAAAAAGAGAAUUAUUUACGUUUUCAACUUGAAAUAUAGUAUGUUUUAUUGUUUGGUAAUGGUUUAAUAAAAAACAAUCCAUAAUAUAUUAAAGUUGCACUUUGACAAAUACAAUUUAA